AUGUAUCAGGCGCGGCUCGUGAACGCUGAGAUGGCUGCUGAAUAUGUCCCAGAAAAAGUGAAAAAGGCUGAAAAGAAAUUAGAAGAAAAUCCAUAUGACCUUGACGCUUGGAGCAUUCUCAUUCGAGAGGCACAGAAUCAACCUAUAGACAAAGCACGGAAGACCUAUGAACGCCUUGUUGCCCAGUUCCCCAGUUCUGGCAGAUUCUGGAAACUGUACAUUGAAGCAGAGAUUAAAGCAAAAAAUUAUGACAAAGUGGAAAAGUUGUUUCAGAGAUGCCUUAUGAAGGUUUUGCACAUUGAUUUAUGGAAAUGUUAUCUUUCAUAUGUACGAGAAACCAAGGGGAAACUACCUAGUUACAAAGAGAAAAUGGCUCAGGCAUAUGAUUUUGCUCUGGAUAAAAUUGGCAUGGAAAUCAUGUCAUAUCAGAUCUGGGUGGAUUACAUCAAUUUUUUAAAAGGCGUAGAAGCUGUAGGAUCUUAUGCAGAAAAUCAGAGGAUAACAGCUGUUCGUAGGGUUUACCAGCGAGGUUGUGUGAAUCCAAUGAUCAACAUAGAACAACUCUGGAGAGACUAUAGCAAAUAUGAAGAGGGAAUCAAUAUUCACUUAGCUAAGAAAAUGAUUGAAGAUCGGAGUAGAGAUUAUAUGAAUGCUAGACGGGUGGCUAAGGAAUAUGAAACUGUUAUGAAAGGUCUUGAUCGUAAUGCUCCCUCCGUCCCCCCACAAAAUACUCCGCAGGAGGCUCAGCAGGUUGACAUGUGGAAAAAAUACAUCCAGUGGGAAAAAAGUAAUCCUCUGCGUACAGAAGACCAAACUCUCAUAACAAAAAGAGUUAUGUUCGCUUACGAACAAUGUCUUUUGGUCCUGGGGCAUCAUCCUGAUAUCUGGUAUGAAGCUGCACAGUAUCUUGAGCAAUCCAGUAAACUGCUAGCUGAGAAAGGGGACAUGAACAAUGCUAAACUGUUCAGCGAUGAGGCUGCUAAUAUUUAUGAAAGAGCAAUCAGCACUUUACUAAAGAAGAACAUGCUUCUUUACUUUGCCUAUGCAGACUAUGAAGAGAGUCGAAUGAAAUAUGAGAAGGUACACAGCAUAUAUAACCGGCUCUUGGCCAUUGAAGAUAUUGACCCCACUUUGGUGUACAUCCAGUACAUGAAGUUUGCAAGGCGAGCAGAAGGUAUCAAAUCUGGAAGAAUGAUAUUCAAAAAAGCUAGAGAGGAUGCCCGUACUCGCCAUCAUGUCUAUGUUACAGCAGCAUUGAUGGAGUAUUACUGUAGUAAGGACAAGUCAGUGGCCUUUAAGAUUUUUGAAUUGGGGCUGAAAAAAUAUGGAGACAUUCCAGAAUAUGUAUUGGCAUAUAUUGACUAUCUGUCUCACCUUAACGAGGACAAUAACACAAGAGUUUUAUUUGAACGUGUGUUAACCUCGGGAAGCCUUCCACCUGAGAAAUCUGGAGAAAUCUGGGCCCGGUUUUUAGCUUUUGAAAGUAACAUUGGUGAUCUAGCUAGCAUUCUUAAAGUAGAAAAACGGCGGUUUACAGCAUUUAAAGAAGAAUACGAGGGCAAAGAAACUGCUCUGCUGGUAGAUAGAUACAAGUUCAUGGAUUUAUACCCUUGUUCUGCAAGUGAACUUAAAGCUCUGGGUUACAAGGAUGUCUCACGUGCCAAACUAGCAGCCAUAAUUCCAGACCCAGUAGUGGCUCCUUCCAUAGCGCCUGUUCUAAAAGAUGAAGUGGACAGAAAACCUGAAUAUCCCAAACCAGACACACAGCAGAUGAUUCCAUUUCAGCCAAGACACUUAGCACCUCCAGGUUUACAUCCCGUGCCAGGCGGCGUCUUCCCAGUCCCACCAGCUGCUGUAGUUUUAAUGAAACUCCUUCCACCUCCUGUUUGUUUUCAGGGCCCUUUUGUGCAUGUGGAUGAACUCAUGGAAAUUUUCCGAAGGUGCAAAAUGCCAGAAACUGUUGAUGAAGCUAUAAGAAUAAUUACUGGAGGCCUGCCUGACCUAACUGUAGAAGGUAAUGGACCUGUGGAGAAUAAUGCCAUGCUCAAUAAAGCUGUCAAGAGACCAAAUGAAGAUUCUGAUGAUGAAGAGGAGAAAGGAUCCGUGGUUCCUCCUGUACAUGACAUUUACAGAGCACGACAGCAAAAGAGAAUCCGGUGAAACAAGUUUAAAAUCCUACUGCAAGAAAAGGACUGAGAGAAUUUUUUGCCUCUGAAGUCAAAUGUUUAAAGGGACAUCAGUUUUUAACAGAUAUCUUGGAGCGGAGGUUUGUUACUGAGGUGCCUCUUAUACCAUAAGUUUCUUGGACAGACGAGUCUUAGAAUGCUGAACAGAUUUGUGCUCUGAACAAGAUUAGGUUUUUGAAAAAAAGUGCAAAAUGUCCAACUUGCAUUUAGUUCCUCUUCAAGUGUGUUCACAUCUACCACUUGAAAUCUUGUGGGGUUUCAACAGUUUUAUUUUAAAAACUGGAUGGCUUAUAAUUGUGAAACAUUUUUAAUUCACAUUUUCUGGAAAACAGUUGUUCUCAGUUUGCUCAUGUAGUGUCCUGCCUUAUUGUUUGUUUUUAUUUAUGGCAGAAUGUAUGGAAUCUGUUUUGUAGUUUAAAAUGGAAAAACAUUCCUUUAAAAUAAAAGGAUAUCAAUAACUUCAUGCCUCAUUCAGGUUUUAUUUCAUACACAAAAGCUGGGGUUUUUUGUUUUUUUUUUUAACAUUGUUCAGCCAAAGCCACUUCAAAAAGGAUGUUAGCAAUAAGCCUUUCAGGGAAACCAAUCAUAUCAUACAUAUCUCAGAACUUUAACUGUCCAGUACCCUUCAAGAACAGUGUGACAGUAUCAUUUAACACAAAGGAAAAUGUACAUAUAUUUACAUAUAUGUGGUCCUGAUCCUCAAGUUCAGCAGAGCAACCAAGCAACUGUAUGAAAAAGCACAGAUAGAUCAGCCAAAUUCUGACCUCUUGUGGUCAGCUGAGUGUAGCAUUGCCAUUGUCAGUCAGCAAAAUUAUUAGAAAGUUGAUUUGCUAUGUGCCUUUCAAUUUAGCUUGCCAGCUGUUAUCACUUGAGGAAAAGAACAUUGAGUGAUAAUUUGAGAUGCAUUAUGGAAUUUACUAGGUACUACUAAAUAUAAACACAUGAGAAAGUUGCUGUAAUCACUUUGUAGGAUUUGCUUGGCCUACAAAACCCCAAAGUCAGUAGUUCUUACUUGGUACAAAAUCCUCUAUUGAACAAGCCAUCUUGCUGCCUAAGGCUACAUUUCCUAUUCCUGACAAUUUAUGAAGA